AGAGAAAGUAAGUUGUUGAUGAUGGAGGGAGGAGUAGCACAAGCUGAUGCGUCUGCCUUUAGAGCAUUACUGUCUCUCGCAAGAAAAAAUCCGUUUGUUCUGAGACUGGCUUUUUCUGCUGGACUCGGAGGAUUUCUCUUUGGCUAUGAUACUGGAGUCAUAUCCGGUGCUCUGUUAUACAUCAGAGAUGAUUUUCAAGCGGUGGCCAACUCCGCGUGGUUGCAGGGAGCAGUGGUGAGUUUUGCACUGAUAGGAGCCACGAUUGGGUCUGUAGGAGGAGGAUGGAUGAGUGAUGUGUUUGGAAGGAAACUGUCAAUAUUCAUUGCAGAUUUACUGUUGGUUGCUGGCUCAGUCAUUAUGGGUGCUGCUUGGAACCCCAUAGCCCUCCUUGCUGGCAGAGUCGUCGCUGGUCUUGGCAUUGGAAUGACUUCCGCUGCUGCCCCUCUCUAUAUUUCUGAAGUUUCUCCCGCCAAAGUCAGAGGAGCCCUUGUCAGUCUCAACAGUUUCCUCAUCACUGGAGCCCAGUUCCUCUCCUACCUCAUCAACCUCGGCUUCGCCCUCGCACCUGGAACAUGGAGGUGGAUGUUAGGAGUGGCAGCAGUGCCUGCUUCCAUUCAGUUAAUUUUGAUGCAUUUUCUUCCAGAAUCACCUCGUUGGCUUUUUAGAAAGGGGAGGCAGGAAGGAGCAAAAGUGAUCUUGAGGAAAAUAUACGAACCCAGUGAAAUUGAAGGUGAAAUUCAAGCUUUAGAGGAAUCAGUUGAGAAGGAAACAAAGGAAUCCGAAUCUUCUGAUAAAAUCAGCAUAUGGAAGAUGCUCAAGAACACGGCCGUGAGAAGAGCCCUGUAUGCUGGAAUGGGCCUUCAAAUCUUCCAACAAUUUGUGGGCAUCAACACAGUCAUGUACUAUAGUCCCACCAUAAUUCAACUGGCUGGAAUUACUUCAAAUCAAACUGCACUUCUUCUAUCACUCAUCACAUCUGGGCUUAAUGCAUUUGGUUCUAUUCUCAGCAUCCUCUUCAUUGAGAAGAUUGGGAGAAAGAAGCUUGCGUUGAUCAGUUUGGUUGGUUGUGUACUUUCUCUUUGUAUUAUCUUUGCCCCAUUCUAUGUCACGCAAACUCAUUCCCCAGGGAUCAGUCCAAUUGCAACUUCUCACUUCAACGGAACUUGUCCUGGUUUUGACAUUGCAAUGAAGACUAAUACUCCCUGGGAUUGUAACAAGUGCCUCAAAGCUUCUCCAGCCUGUGGAUUCUGUGCUGAUCCAUUUGAUAAGUUUUCACCUGGGGCGUGUUUGUUGUCCAAUGACAACUCAAAGAAGCAAUGCCGAGCAGAGAAGAGUUCUUGGUAUACAGAGGGAUGCCCUUCUAAUUUAGGUUGGCUUGCAAUCUUAGGGCUUUCACUCUACAUCAUCUCCUUUUCACCUGGAAUGGGGACUGUUCCCUGGGUUGUCAACUCUGAGAUAUAUCCUCUUAGGUACAGAGGAGUGUGUGGAGGCAUGGGAGCCACAUCAGUUUGGGUUUCUAAUCUCAUUGUGUCUCAAACCUUCCUGGUUCUGACCAAGAGCAUUGGAACAGCAUGGACCUUCAUGAUUUUUGGUUUUGUUGCUUUCAUUGGAAUCUUCUUCGUCCUCAUCUUUGUUCCAGAAACUAAAGGGCUUCCCAUAGAAGAGGUCGAAACCAUGCUAGAACAGAGGCCUGUGCGGUUUAGAUUUUGGAAUUAAAAGAUGCUUGAUGAGUGAGGUUGCAUAGCUUCUAAUUUUUAACAACUCCUUUCAAGUAGAGAUAUUUAUGUGGAUACUUCUUCUUCUUCUUCUUCUUUUUUUUCC